GACUUGGACUGUGCGAGUGCCAUGUUUACGGAUGAUGUAAAAUUGUGGAAGGCCAUCAAGAAUGCUGCCGACAGGGAUGACUUCAAGGAAGAUCCUUGUCGGUUAAACGAUUGGUCACAUAGAUGGAUCCUGUCCUUCAAUUCGAACGAAUGCAUUCUGCUGCGUCUGGGAAAUCGAAAUCCAGUCCCUGAUCCGUCUCUGUUGUAUUGCAGGCUCAAACACGUUCCUCGUCCCGGAUACUCUGUUUGCGUUCUUGGUGACCAGCAGCACGUUGAAGAGGCUAGAGCUAACAACAUUCCGGCCAUGGACAUCGAGGAACUCAAAAAAUUGAAUAAGGACAAGAAGCUUGUCAAGAAACUAAGCAAGAAAUACAACGCUUUUCUCGCAAGCGAGGGCGUUAUCCGCAUGAUUCCGCGCAUCCUGGGUCCAGGUCUUAAUAAAGCCGGCAAAUUUCCAACUGUUGUCUCUCACACGGAGCCGCUUGUGCAGAAGGUUGAGGAAAUUAAGGCUACUAUCAAGUUCCAAAUGAAGAAAGUUCUCUGUUUGGGUGUAGCCAUUGGCAAUGUUAAAAUGUCCCAGGAGGAGAUCCAGCAGAACGUAACCCUUGCGAUCAACUUCUUGGUGUCCCUGCUUAAGAAGAACUGGCAAAACGUGCGUGCCCUGUAUAUAAAGAGCUCCAUGGGUCCGGUUCACCGUAUUUACUAA